CAUCAAUCAGCGGCCGGCGACACUGACAGUCUGAAACAGAGAUUUGACGACAAUGAAGUCGGCGCCCGGGCGAAGCUUAUCUGUCCCUUUAGGUACAGAGCCACCAAGCACAAUUUAUCAUAUCCGGAUUCUGAGUUCUGCAAGGAGGGCAGGCAGUGGCCCAACAUAUCGAAACUUAGCUCUAUAACUAGAGAACACCUCAAAAAGGUGCACUCCUCAGAGUAUCGAUGCAGCGACUGCAACCACAAGUUCUCCCAAGUCUCUAUUGCGGAGCUGCACGAUCUCAAGGCGUCCCACCGACAGAAGUGCCCCAGGACGGGCCGUACUCCGCUCGCCGGCUUCGAUAUGACCGAUGAGCAGUGGGAGAAGUGCAGAAACUGGAGUCAGAACCAGCAUGUCGACCGCGGGUCCAGGAACGGCCUCUCGGAGCGCAAGCCCGCCUGGUCCUGGCGCCGUAUCUACAACAGCCUCUUCCCCACCGACCGCCUGGAUCCCUACGACAAGGCACUAUACAACGACCUGCCGGAAUUGCCUCCGGGGGAGCCUCAAAAGAUGUCCGACUUCGUGUCCGUGUUCUCGCGGGACUUUACGCCCUUCGUCAACAGCUCGAAUGAAGAACAAUCCUGGCCGACAGAGUUGGAGGAGACAACGACUAAGCGGGGUCCUAGAAUUCCUGGAAUUUAUACCCCAAGUUCUCUGGAAGCACAAAAUAGCGGACAACUUCAAGACAAUGGGCAGUCAAUCAGAUGCAUGGUUUGUAAGCAAAAACAGGACCGUGAUGCAGAUACGGAA